CGCUGCACCCUCGCAUUUCUUGUGGCUGGAUGUAGUGUCGAUGGCAAGAGGUAGUGACAUAUCUGCGUUCGCUUCGAGUCAGCUCUUGCUCCUUGACGCUGAGUUGCAAGCAGAGCUCACUGAGACCCAGCUCCUCACGUCAAGUCAUGCGCCGGCGAUUCUCCAGCGAGCUGGCCUGGCGUUGCUCAACCUCACCUUAUCUUCUCAGCGUACCGGUUUUGGUGGUAAGAGCCUGCUAGAGCUGAGCUUAGAUCCAGCAGUGGGCGUUGGCGAUCUUCCCGAACAUGGUCUCAGAGUUGGCGACAUCUGUGCAGUGGCAGAGCAGCCUAAAGGCGCCGAAAGAAAGAAAGAACGAGCCAGUAUAGAGAAGCGAGCUGUCGAAGGCGUCGUGACCAAGGUUCAGAAGCAGGCCGUCACGGUAGCGCUUGAUAAGGAGGAAGUGGAAGUUCCAAAUGGGAAGCUCUGGCUUAUCAAAUUGGCUAACGAUGUAACAUAUAAGCGCCUGAGCCAGACGAUGAGCAAGCUGGAGAAGAUGCAGCCUUCUGAACAUAGCAUUCUAACUCAAGUUUUAUUCGGCAAGUCUUCGCCGACGUCACUCAGCGAUGCAGAGAUCCAGAAGGACUUGGAGUGGCAUGACAAAACCAUGAACGACAGCCAGAAGGAAGCCGUUCGCUUCGCGUUGGCCAGCCGCGACGUCGCGCUUAUUCAUGGUCCCCCAGGCACCGGCAAAACGCACACUCUGAUCGAACUGAUACUUCAAUUCCUCGACCGCGGCCAACGAGCUCUCGUCUGCGGGCCCAGCAACAUCAGCGUGGACAACAUUGUAGAAAGGCUUACGUCGCAUAAGGUGUCUAUGGUCCGCCUCGGGCACCCUGCGCGUCUACUUCCAAGCGUAUUGGAUCACAGCUUAGACGUCUUGAGUAAGACGAGUGACGCAGCAUCCAUCGUGACCGACAUUCGUGCAGAGAUGGACGUGAAGCAAUCUUCGAUUCGCAAGACCCGAAACGGCCGUGAGCGGCGUGCAAUCUACGGCGAGCUCAAGGAGCUACGUAAAGAAUACAGGCAGCGUGAAGGUAGAGUCGUGAGCGACCUGCUGAAGCAGAGUAGGGUGGUCCUCAGUACGCUUCACGGCGCUGGCGGCUUCCACUUGCGCGACGAGAAGUUCGAUGUCGUGAUCAUUGAUGAGGCAAGCCAGGCUUUGGAGGCGCAAUGUUGGAUCCCUGUGCUUGCGACUGGAACAUCGAAGCUGGUACUUGCGGGCGACCAUCUGCAAUUGCCGCCGACGAUCAAAUCGCUCAACUCCCAAGCUUCGACGCCGAUUAAGGUUGCCGAUGGCUCCAAUGGGACGAAUAACGAUAUGUCUCGUUCGUCGGUUGACGAUGACUCGGCUACAGUAGGGCAGAAGAAGAUCAAGGACGAUGAUGCGACGCUGGAGACCACCUUGUUCGACCGCCUGCUGAAACUCCACGGGAGCAGCAUCAAGCGCAUGUUAACGAUACAGUAUCGAAUGCACGAGAAGAUCAUGGCUUUUCCGUCCGUGGCACUUUACGAAAAGAAGCUGAUCGCAGCAGAUUCUGUCAAGGACAGACUGCUGAAGGAUUUGCCGUACGGAGUCCACGACACGGAUGACACCCGCGAGCCUCUGGUUUUCUGGGAUACACAAGGAGGCGACUACCCUGAGAAGACAGAGGAAGACGAUAUUGGCGUGAAAGGCCGAAGCGGUUUGCUUGCCGAAAGCAAAGUCAAUGAGAAUGAAGCGGCCGUUGUGCGCUUACACGUGCAGCGACUUGUUGAGGGCGGUACUAAGCCAGAAGAUAUCGCCGUUGUUACGCCUUAUAAUGGCCAGCUUGCACUUCUGUCAGGGCUGCUGAAGGACCGCUUUCCAGGACUUGAGCUUGGCAGUGUCGAUGGCUUUCAAGGUCGUGAAAAGGAGGCAGUCAUUGUAAGCUUAGUCCGCAGUAACUCUGACCGCGAGGUCGGCUUUCUAAGCGAGAAACGGCGUUUAAACGUUGCAAUGACCAGACCGAAAAGGCACUUGUGUGUCGUAGGCGAUUCAGAGACAGUAGGGAAAGGCUCCAAAUUCCUGAGAUCUUGGAUGCAACACCUCGAGGAGCAUGCAGACCUACGAUACCCCGAUCAGGCGGAAGUUCUGGAGGAUGUCUGAUGGGAGACAAAGCCGUAAAACGCCACGAGACAAUGCGCGAUCAUCCUCCCAUACCUUUAAGCUUCCUAUUCUUGACUUUGCUGAAAACUGGUGACUGCGCCUUUAUCAAUGCAAUCCGUGGAACAGUCAACCUUCGUGCCUGCUGGCCAGACUAACCCGUUUUUGCGCCCCUGCAGGCGCAGUGCAGGAAGGAACUCAGCAUAGGCUUGGCGUUUUAAUCGAAGCGGAUGUUCUUCAUAGCAAACGCCGUAUAGACAAAUGAUGGCC